AUAGCAACGUAAUAUGUGUCAGAAGUCACAGAGACGACAUGGUUUCAAUACUGAAGUACGUGUUUACCCCUUUUGCUAGAAACCCUCUUGCCAAAAUGCACUACUCUUCAGGAGUCAGUAUCAGGCUUUUGCCCAGUUAUAAGUGUUCUUUUGAAGACCCAGUGCACGUGAUCGUGAGUGGCUUAAACCAUCAACAACGCGUGGAUCUGCGCUCUAAAAUCACCGAUGAUAGCGGACGUGUUUUCCAGGCUUGUGCCACCUACCAAGCAGACGAUAAUGGCCAGGUCGACCUCAGCCGCGACCCUUCUCUUGGUGGGAGCUUUACGGGAGUGGAACCAAUGGGCUUAUUCUGGGCUCUGAAAGCAGAUGUUGUAAGCUGCAAGUUUGCACUAACAGACGUGACGCGCCCUGCUCUCGUUGACAUUGAGGUUGUCAGUGACAAUAGAGUCAUUGCCAAAGUGACAAACGAAAGACACUGCUUGACCGACGGUGUCCGGAGAAUUCCUGUAACCGAAGGCAGGAUCAGAGGAACACUUUUCAUGCCACCUGGUAAAGGACCAUUUCCUGGGAUUUUGGAUACAUAUGUAUUUAGAGGAGGUCCUUUUGAGUUGAGGGCAGCUCUGUUGGCAAAGAGAGGCUUUGCUGUUUUUGCCUUGGCUUUCCAGGCUUACCAAGAUUUACCCAAAAGGGCUGACAAAUUUCACCUUGAGUACUUUGAAGAAGGUAUAGAUUUUCUACGGCAACAACCAGAGGUCAAAGAUCAAAAAAUUGGCCUAGUGUCCAUAUCAAAGAGUGGAGAUCUUGCUUUGUCGAUGGCAACAUUCCUUCCUGGUAUAUCGGCUACUGUUUGGAUCAAUGGAUGCAAUGCCAAUACUUUGGUUCCCAUCUACUACAAAGACAUUUGUGUUCCAGCCCUCUUGUUUGAUGUUAAGAGAGCAAAAAUGACACCAUUGGGCCUUCUGGAUAUUGGGGAUGUUAUGAAUGACCCAAUGUCAGAAGAAGGCCUUCCUAGCCUUAUUCCCAUUGAACGUGCCUCAGGUAACUUCAUGUUUAUAAUGUCAGAAGCCGACAGGAAUUGGCAAAGUGCCUAUUAUGCAAAACUAGCAUGCGAAAGACUUAAAGCAUAUGGGAAGAAUAACUACGAGCUGGUGAGGUAUGAAAAAGCAGGUCACUUUAUCGAGGUGCCCUAUAUGCCGUUUUGUCUUGCCAAUUUUCAUGCUGCCGCUAACCAAGUGGUUUACUUUGGCGGCGAACCUAAGGCCCAUUCAGAGGCUCAGCUGGACGCAUGGAAGAGGAUGGUGAAUUUUUUCAAAAAACACUUAACUGCUACUGAUGACGACUGCAGAUCUAAACUGUAAGAAAAAGGGAAUAUAAAGUCCAUAUCAUCAUAGUAUCCAAUUAGUGUUGACUUGAUUUACCUUAAUAUCUAAUGUAGUUAAAGGCACAUUAUGUAAGUUUUCGUCACUAGAGUGCGCAUAUUCAAAACAAACAAGAAACGUAGUUUGAUAAUGCAGUGAUUGAGUGAGGAAUCAUGGGAGUUGUCGUCUUACACAUACAAUCUGAUACAAUCAUGUUCAUUGAUGAGCCAAUUUAUUAAAGACUUAUUAAGGCCACUGUAGUAUGAAGCAGUGUGGGGCUAAAAGUCGUGGAAGCGAAACAAGGUCGCUGGAGUGAUUGCUAAUGAAGGACGAGCACAAUACACGGCUCGACAGCAGCAGAGCUUUUCUUAUGCCUCUGUCGACCGCUUCCACUUCUUCCGGUCAUGCGUAUGUGCGGUAAAACAGCGCUGUUUUAUACUAGAUACAUUUGAAAGUUCUGUUAUGCUGCUCUGUGCGUUCGUAACCUGUCUAAUAAAAUACAUAACAAAUUGCUUAUUUCUCUGGAUUUAAAUUUUUUUCAAAACAUUUGGGAUAAUGUAAGUAGACAAGUCAGCAAAAUAUAUAACACUUUUGGGAUAUUUGAAUAAAAAAAUCUUACAUAUUGUGCCUUUAAGUAGUCAAUAAUUUUUAAAAAAAAAUUAUCAAACUGAAUGAAGCACAUGUAUUAUUGUAGCAUUCCUGUAGCAUUCUCUAUCUCUAUCUACCUCUCUAUCUCUACGUUAGGUCUGUUUUAUUUUUUGAACAGCCUCUGGUGCCUUCAUUUUAAAGAAGCCUUUUCCUCCUCAAUCUAUUCUUUCCUGAAGAAUGUUUAUGUCUAGAUAAACAUUCUAUCAAGGCACAGACUUUGUAAUGGAGAUGUGCAACUAUGGGCAUUGGUUACAAGUGAGUAUACUGUAUGCAAAUUACACUUUUAUGUAUUACCCGGAGCUUCCAAUAAAAUACAACUAGAUAUCUUGUGA